AUGGCAUUAAACGCGAUUCCACCAGAGGUGCAGAGCAUCAUCUGCGACCAUCUCUUCGCAGACACGAGCGACGAUGCGCUCGAAAUCCUGACUCGACGCGUCCCAGCCCACGUCGAAAUCAGAACCGUAUGCCAUGAGCUGUACGAAGCAUCCAAAUUCUCGUACAAAACGGCAGAAGAAAAAGCGGCGAUGCAGCGGCAAAACAUCCUCAACGACAUGAAAUCCAGAUACGACUCGAUCGCACCUCGCGUGCCAGUCGUCACAACCCACAACCUCUGUCUCCUCGCAGCCUCACUCAACAACAACUUCUGCCAACACGCCUGCGCCAAGCAAGGCUGUUACAUGUGCAAAGAUCCAGCCCACCGUCGCUGCUUCGAGUGCGGCCGCAAUCUCGCCGUAGCUCUGUGGUGCAAAAUGCCGAAAGAAGCGAGAAAUCCCGACGAUCAAAACGAGCGACCUGUGCCCAAACUCACAGAUUUCAAAGCCAAAAGUUCUGGCAAUACCAUUACGACGCCGACCGGGAGCCUCAUCGCCGGACUACAAGGCUGGAAACCAGCUGGGGAUCAAUUCGGUCGUAUGCCGUGGGCUUUUCAAUGGUGGUCGUCUCAUUACCUCAUCCAGACGGCCAUUGAUCUUCGCUGCAAUAUUCGGCGAUUCGCUGUUAAGAGGUACAGGGCUGGAACGUCGAGAGAUGACUUGGAUGAGUUCAGUAUUGCAGAUAUGGAAGCUGGCGAUCGAAGGAUGACGAAGUAUGAGGGUAUUCGGAAGCAUUUUGGGCCCAUCCCUUGGAGGGCAGAGUAUGAGAGGAGAGGAAGGAUCGAGGCGGAGGAGAACGGCUUGGCGGGCAGAGAAUGA